CGAUGCGUCUGAACACAAAACUAUACUUUGGCGUUUGGAUCAAAAUUACUGAGAGUACUGACCACGUUUUACAGUCCAGAAAUCAUGUCUUCAAACGUUAAUCCUCCAAAAGUAUGCUUAGAAACAAGUAUGGGAAAGAUUUCUGUGGAACUGUACUGGAAUCAAGCUCCGAAGACUUGCCAAAACUUUGCAGAGCUAGCAAGAAGAGGAUAUUACAAUGGUGUCAAGUUUCAUAGGAUCAUCAAGGAUUUCAUGGUACAAGGAGGAGAUCCCACAGGAACAGGGCGUGGCGGAAACUCCAUCUGGGGGAAGCAGUUUGAGGAUGAGAUCACAACAGACCUGAAACACACGGGGGCUGGAGUCCUGUCCAUGGCAAACAGUGGACCCAAUUCCAAUGGAAGCCAGUUCUUUCUCUCCCUGGCCCCCACCCAGUGGCUAGAUGGCAAGCACACCAUAUUUGGACGAGUGAGCGACGGAAUCAGCGUCCUGAAGCGUCUAGGCAUGGUCCAGACCGAUAUGGAUGACAGACCUAGAGUGGACAUUGCUAUAGUGAAGGCAUACCCAGAAGCAUGAUGAACACUUAUUUCAUAAUAGACAAUUGUUUCGAGGAUAUACUCCAUAUGCUCGAGUGUGAACCGAGGGAGAGAAGUUGAGAUUUAUUCAUGUGCUCAAGAUGAUGGUUUCAACUGGUCAUUUGGAAUGGAAGGAUCAAUGCUGUGUUGCAUCUGGAUGAAGUGUUGUCCGUCACAUCAAUCUAGAGCUUAAAAUGGUAUACCUCCAUUUGAUAGGUUGAGGGCUUUCAUUCCGAUUUGACGGCAGGGUUACUAGAACCAUUGGUCUGUCCUGGAUAAGUCCUAUAUCAAUCCUAGUUCAGAACCUCAGGUCCAAUGUAUUCUGGAAUUACUUCAAAAAAUCUGUCCUACCAGUAUUUUAUUAAAAUUUAGAACCAAUCAGUCUUGAAAUCAUUGAUUUGUACGAAAAAAUCUUGUCAAAAAAUAAUGUUAGCAUGUGAAUAAACAUGAGAAAGACGUUUUGUCAAGAAACCACCAGUAUUCUUAUUUUGCUGUUUUAAUAGCAUUUCAUUUGAGAAUAUAGUUGUGAAUAUUUGGGAAAUUUCAAGUUUUAAGACUCAAUGUCAGUGAAAUAAAUAAGUUUUUUCCAGCGUCUAAAAAGGAAGAGAAAUACAUGAAUAAGGAGAGUGGUUCCUUCACUAUUAAUUUAGAAAAACAUCAUUGACAUCAAGAAGUGCCAGUUUCCAGGCAUUUGCCUGAUUUUUGUUCAUGCACUGUUAUUUUUCUGUUUUGGGCAUAUUUCCCCCUACCCUCAUUGUGUAAUAUGUAUGGGCCUUUCUACAUUUAUAAUCGAGUAGGCUCUUUUAAGCUACUUUUUCAUCCCUGCCGAUUAAGGCUUACCGGUAAGUGAGGGGAAGCACAGCAUACCCAAUCAGGAAUAUGUAGAUAUAUUGGAGAAUUCAAGAUCUCUAAUUAUAUAACCAGAAUCUUUAAUGAAUUAACAACCGUUUUUGUGGAAUGAAUUUUUGGCUUGAUGGUGUUGUGAUUCAAUAUUUCUGUGAAUCUGGACCAUGCGAGAAAUAUACAAAAUUUGCUGGUUUCACAGUAUAUUAAAAACAGUGUGAUUACGUAGUAGUUACCUCGAUAUAAUCAGUACAUUUUUACUUCUUUAGUUUUAAUGUUUCAUUAGGCAAAUAUAAAGUGAUAAAGAAGGCAGCUGACAAGUGUGAAUAAAUGUAAUUUCCUAAAAUUUCUUCUAAUAAAUGGUCUUUACACAUUUCCAAUUUUUGAUCAAAGAUAUUUCAAUGUAAAGUCACUUUCUGAAUCUGACCAUUCAGGAAUUCAAAAUCUGGAAAAGUUGUAGAAAUUAAAAACUCCCAUUUACAAUGAUUUUUAAUCAUUCUUGUUUUUUUAGUACUCUUCUUUGUACAAUCGUGCAUGUAUACUUUGAACUGUACAGUACAAAGGAAACUUAUUAGAACGAGGAGAGGACCAUGGAAAUUAUCUGUUUAUAACAGGUGUCUUGUUAAAUAAGGGAUUUAAAAAUGAAGUUGAGCUGGUUCCAUCAAAAUGAUCUCAUAUUGUCGAGUACCAUAAUUAUAUCAGAGCUCUUUUUACUGAUUUUCAAA